CCCAGAUAUCAACGCCAAGGAUUCCUCCUUGCAUAUGAUUUCCUGCUUGCAUUCAGAUGUAGAAUUUAAGAAAGUGUCAGUUGUGCGAACUGUUGUUUAAGUAUCUUUUUGUGGUUAAAGAAAAAUGAAAAACAUUAAAACAAACAAUUAAUACAAUUUGCAUAAAUGAGAAAACGAGUGAAAAUGUAAACUGAACAACUUGUUCGGCUAGCUGUUGUGUGACGCUGCAGAGAGUUCCUAGUUAGCUAGCUACAUAGCUACAGUUAUGUCAGCCUAGUAACAUAGGUUGGGACACUAAUGAAUUAAUUUAUUGUCGUAUGGUGUAAGAUUUUUUUUUUUCAAAAGAGGACGAACGUAUAAGAUACCUGAAAGAGGCACCUGUUUAAUACGAUGGAGGAGGUUGAUAGGAUUUUAAUUCAUUCACUCAGACAGACUGGAACGGACGUUCCAGAGGAUGUGGACAGUGUGAAGCAGUUCACCAGUGAGCUCAUCGUGGAGGCAGUUGUGCGAUGUCUGCGUGUCAUUGAUCCGGCCUUGGGCAACGGCCUGUCUCCCUCCCUACCUCCCGGCAUGUCUGCUCGCUUCCGCCUGGGGAUGAGUCUAGCUCAGGCUUGUCAGGACCUUGGCUACAAAGGGGAAAUCGGCUACCAGACCUUUCUGUACAGCAAUGAGCCCGAGAUUCGCUCCCUGCUCAUGUUCCUGGUGGAGAAGUUGCCGAGAGAGAGUGCGGAAGCCUCCAGCCAACCUGCUGGAAAGUCAGCCCUCUUGCUGAAGUCCAUUGCUGCUCAGAUCAAAGCUCAGCUGUUCUUACCCUGGGCACCUCCUUCCUGCCGGCUGCCCCUCCUCUGCCAGAUGCAGAGUCCAGGCCUGUCUAACGGUUUUCAUACUCAACCCUUGAGUUUACCUCAUCGUUCAAGAUCCUCGGGGAAAACCCUGAAAGAGGUAAAGGAUUACUACAGGGAUUUCUUGCUACCCGUGACCGCCCAGCCUUCCCAGAAUUCCUCGGUGCCAGCUUCCCUGCUGGAGCAACAUGCCUUGGACCUCAGCGCUGCCCAGGAAUGGGAGAAUGAGUGGAACAGUCAGGGCCUCCUGUCCAGACUGAGUCCUGAGGACUAUCGGGCUCGGAAGCGCGCGCGGCUGCAGAAGCGCAUCGAGGAGCAGCUCCGGGCUGCCGCCCAGUCCUGCUCCGACGUCCAGAAUGCGUCGAGGUCGGGCCCCGAUUUGGUGGAUCUGCUGCCCUCCUUUGGAGGGGGCACCGUCGGGGAUCAGCUCCUCACCAAGGGCACGCGUUUCACGCACACGGAGAAGUUCACCUUCACCCAGGAUCCGGAGAAAGCUGUCCAGCAGAUGGCAGCAGCAGUAAACUCGCUGCCAACUUCCCACCAAUCGGAGGAGGACAUUCGGGCCCAGCAGCAGGAGGAGCUGGCAUCCAUGCAGCAGCAGCUGCAGCAGCUCUCCUUGCAUGUGGAUGAAGUCGGCGGGGAUAUAAAGAAGCUCACUGUGGCAAUCAGCAAGGUAUCAGAGGAGCUGAAGCAGCAGGAGCAGAGUAACACGGAGAAAGUAGCCACCAUUCGGAUCAAGAGGCAAACGGUCGACCUGCUGCCCGACGCAGACAACAACCUCGCCAAGCUGCAGGCCUUGGUGGAUGCCAGCUCGCGGCGGGUGGCAAGCCUGUCCUCGCAAUGGGAGAAGCAUCGUGCCCCGCUGGUGGAGGAGCAGCAGCGACUGAAGGAGCUCUGCAGCAGUCAAGAGCUGGAGUCUUCACGCAAGCUUUCUGAGAUCAAAGGCCUUCAUGAAAAAAUAAGACAAUCUGCUGAAGAUGCCAAAAAGAAGGAGGGACUCUACAAGCAGCUGGUAACCGAAUUCGAGAACCUGCCCAAAGAUGUCUCGCGAUCAGCAUAUACGGUCCGGAUCCUAGAGAUUGUUGGCAACAUCAAGAAACAGAAAGAGGAGAUCACAAAGAUCUUGUCGGACACUAAGGAGCUGCAGAAGGAGAUCAACAAUCUGACUGGCAAGCUGGACCGGACUUUCGCAGUAACAGAUGAACUAGUCUUUAAGGACGCUAAGAAAGAUGAAUCUGUUCGCAAAUCGUACAAGUACCUCGCAGCGUUACAUGAGAACUGUACCCAGCUGAUUCAGACCAUUGAGGACACUGGAACAAUUAUGAGAGAAAUCAGAGACCUGGAGGAACAGAUCGAGACUGAGAAUGGCAAGAAGACCCUCAGCAACCUGGAGAAGAUCUUAGAGGACUACAAAGCCAUUCGACAAGAGAAUUCAGCUCUGGCAGCAAAGAUCAGAGAGGCCUGAGAUUGACAGAUUGCUGCAGUGCUCCCAUUGGUACUUGUUGAUAAUCUUGACUGGCAAUCCACCUUGACUGCCUGCUAUGGAAUAAGCACAGCAUCCCCAAACAGACUGGCCUGUCCAGCUCUGCAGCAGGGCUUUCUGUAGCGUCAUUGCAUUGCCUGUCCAGAAGAGUACCAAACUAGGGGAGGGAGGAAUUUUUUGUACUAAAAUUACUUUGAGAUCAUUUUUAAUGCACAUAUUUACAUAACGCUAGUCUUGAACAUCUUAAUCUGUUGCCAUAUGAUAUGAAUGGGAGCUCAAGGGGGCUGCUUUAUGUAUAAGUUGGUAGUACCGACAGCACUCCAUAAUAUGUUGCCUUUAGUUUCUUUGAUCACAGUGGAAUUAAUUGGACUGAUCUAGUGCUGGAUAAUAAAUAUUGCAUUAUACUCAGAUAUUCUACAAGGGGAAAUGGGGACCAGCAAACGUAAUUUUUCUUGGAUUAAUUAUUGGAUAUUGCCAAUAUUUUCAGAUUAUUUCUUUUCCCAAUUUAUCCAGUUUCAGCUAAAAUUUUAAUAGAAAAUAUACUCUCCAGUAUACAUUUUAGCUCACUGGAAAUCAGUAUGCUUGGAAGUAUGAUCCACCUUAUAAUUUUUUUUUUUAAACAACCCAAAGAAUUGAAUAACUAUAACAAGGGUGUAAAUUAGGUUAUAAAGAUGCACACAGCAGUAAGUCGUGACCAUUUGCACUUCUUGAGAGGAGAUUUUGGAUAAUUUCUCUAUAUUAAUAAAUAUGAGUGUGCUUGCUUUGGGUGUGUCCUUCAAGGUCCUUACUAUGUAUGACUGGUUCCAUAUCAUAAAAGCCCCAUUCCAUGAUAAUGUGAAAUGCUGGUGACUUGGUUUGAGGGAUAUGUCAGAUCCUGUUCCAUAAUAACUAACAUCAGUGUCUUUUAAUUGUAAUUUCUGAAUUUGCCAGGGAGUUUGGAUUAUUUUAGUGUGUUUUUCUGUUCUCCCACAAUACCAUCAACAAAGCAUGCUAUUAAAAUAUUUAAAUUUGAUUUUAUAAACUCAUUUUCUUGUUACUAUAUACCAGUAAAUUGGAUACGCAAAAUUUAGUGUGACUUGCUCUUGUGAUUUUGGAGUAUUAGAGAGAUCAUGAGUGAGCUGUAUUUGUCUGGGUUUUGUUUGUUUGUUUAUUUGUUUGUUUUGAACCUUUAAGCUCACAAUGCUGCUUAUUUUUUUAUUUUUUUUUUUUGCUGUAUAGGAACCCUUAAGCGUUAAUUUUGUUAUUCGGCCAUGAAUGAGUGGUGUUCAGUUAGUCCUGAACUAAUCUGGAAAUGACCAAAUACGCAGUCGCUGACUAAAGAGUGCAGGAAUGGUCAUUGUGAUCAUUUUAUGCCUGGUGCUAAAUGGCAACUUAACUGAAUCCUCAGGAGGCCCUGGAACAGUUCAGCUGUCACAUUUUAUUAUCAGUAUUUUUCAUUGAGAGAGUACGUGGAUUUACAUCAGUCUCACAGAUAGCAAGUAGAAGUUCAGCUCUUUAUUAAACAAGACCAUAUAAUUUACACAAGACUAGCUGGAAUUCCACUCUUUAACAAAAUAUUGCUGUUUAAUCAUUGUGUUUAUUCAGUCGUUCAAAAUUUGUUAGGUACUGUGUUUAAGUGAUUUUGAUAUCUGACCAUGUAGUUGAAUAGACUGGAAUAAAUAUGGUUCUAUUUGCAAUCAUCUUUAACUAGAAUUUUAACUGGUCACAUGAAUGUCAUCAUAGUCUCUAAUCCUGGGGACACGUUCUCCCAAAAACAUUCAAGCUCUCCAAUAUUUCUUGGUUCUUUUUUUUUUUAACUUUGAUGCAAUUUGAAAACAUACAUUUGUUUGGAAAGUGGGUUCAGAUAAGUAUUUGUUCACCACUUGAAACCAUGGGAUUUUUUUACACCGUUUCUUUUUCUAAGUUCUUCACUCCCUCUCUAGUGGUCAUAUUCUGACCCUACACCUAAAGGGUUUAAGUACUAUGGGUCUGUUUCCAGUAUAAUGAACUGGGAAUUUGCUCUAGUUAUUUGUACAGUUUUAAGUGCAGGCUUUAGCAUUGUGUCAUAGAGCUAUAUACCUUGUUAGUCUUCCCUGGAUCCUUUCCUAAAUGAGGUACAAAGCACUUUUCUUCUCAUACAAAAUUUUGUUUCAUAUUCAGUGUACUUUGGUUCAACUAAUUAUAUUCCCAAUGCAGUGUUUGUAAUCAGUACUGAUUUUACAUUCAUUUAAUAGUGAGUUUGUCAACAAAAUCCAAUAUAAAGUUGAAGCAGAGGAAAAUAUAGCCUUAUUUUCUUUUUCUUGGACCUUGGUCAGUAGGAAAGGGUAUUGAAUAACAAAAACUUUUGGGGAUUUAAAAGUGUUAAUUAUGGUAAUGCCAGAAAGAAAACAAAAGCACCACCUCUCUGCCUUUGACAUUUACGAAAUACAUCUAAAUAAAUGUUUUUAUUAAUAUUUUCCAUAUUCUGUGAAAAGUAUCACAAUUGUCAUUCAUGCAUCUCUUCAGACUUUUUCAUGGUUGGUAUUAAUGCUGAAAUAUUUUAAAUGAAUCUAUACCAUCAGUUGAACUAGCACUGUGAAUCACAAUUGAAUGUGGCUUUUUUGUUAGGUUCAUUAAAGCAAGAAUUUUAAGUUU